CAAUUCCUCGACACCGCCGCCCCAUCACCCUCCCCCUCCCCCCCCUCUUUCCCGGCGCCGCUCGCCUUCCGCGCCCCUCCGGCAGCGCUUAUCCCGGGAUCGGUCCGCCCUGCCGUGCCGCGGGCGGAAGCGACGACACUUUUCCUGAAUUCUCAGUAAAUGAAGAUUAUUUGAUGCAAAUUGGAAAACCAUCAUUCUGAAUUUAUUGUCCUUCCUCGUUUUAGCUUGAGCAAGUUCUGAUCAUCCUUUUGGUGCCAUAUUUUGUUCCCUAGAUUGCUGAGAAGAGAAGAGGAACGCCCUACAUGGAUGUCAUGCAGACAAGUGACUCUUCACAUCAUGGAAUUGUAGAAAAUAGCCCAUAUAGAAUCCCGUAUGGAAGACAUGCAGAAGGUGGCAAACUUGGUAAUUCAUGGUAUUUUAGUAGAAAAGAAAUAGAAGAAAACUCCAUUUCAAGGAAAGAUGGCAUUGAUCUGAAGAAGGAGUCUUAUUUUCGCAAGGCAUACUGCACUUUUCUGCAGGAUUUUGGGAUGAGGCUUCAAGUGCCUCAAGUUACGAUUGCUACAGCUAUAGUGUUCUGUCAUCGUUUUUUCCUUCGCCAAUCUCAUGCAAAAAAUGACAGGCAGACAAUUGCAACCGUUUGCAUGUUCUUGGCGGGAAAAGUUGAAGAAACCAUCAGAUCUCUAAGGGAUGUCGUACUCCUUUCCUAUGAGAUCAUCAACAAAAAGGAUCCUGCUGCUUUGCAGCGAAUUAGGCAGAAGGAAGUAUAUGAACAACAGAAGGAACUUAUUUUACUUGGGGAACGUGUUGUUCUUGUAACACUUGGUUUUGACUUGAACAUCCAACAUCCGUACAAGCCCUUGGUUGAAGCAAUAGGUAGAUUCAAGGUUGCUCAAAGUGCACUUGCUCAAGUUGCCUGGAACUUUGUCAAUGAUGGGCUCCGUACUUCACUUUGCCUGCAAUUUAAGCCCCACCAAAUUGCGGCCGGUGCAAUAUUCAUGGCUGCGAAAUUUCUCAAAAUCAAGCUUCCGUCAGGUGGUGAGAAGGUCUGGUGGCAAGAGUUUGAUGUUACCCCACGGCACUUGGAAGAGAUUAGCAACCAAAUUUUGGAGCUCUACGAGCAAAAUGUUGUUGCACCACCACCAUUGCAAGGAAAUGAUACUGACAGGAGCCCUGCUAGUGUUCCUAAUCAACGUGCUCCUGGAAAAGUUCCUACUGCCCAUGAACCUCAAGCAUCCAGACAAUUGAGCCAUCAAAACGUGCCAGGCCACCAUGGCUAUGACCAUGCUCAUCCUGAGAAGCAACACCCAAACCAGAGGACACCUCGGAAUGAAGCAAGGGAUAGCGUUGUCAAUACCAACGAUGGACCCAAAAUAUCAUCCUCAAUGAUGGAUGCAAUGAGGAAGAUAGAUAAGGAUAAAGUGAAAGCAGCCCUGGAGAAGCGGAGGAAAUCUAAAGGUGAUGUUCCUAGAAAGGUUGACAUCAUGGAUGAUGAUGAUCUGAUCGAGAGGGAGCUGGAACAUGGUGUGGAGUUGGCUGCUGAAGGUGAGAAGAUCAAGCAGGAGAGAAGGCAAAGCUGGCCCCAUCCUGCACACAGGGACGAUUCACUAAAGGCUGCUCGCAUGAUAAAAAAUACGGAGGGCGAGCUAUCCACUGACAAGCAAGGGCACCGCUCCCCAGACCGGAACUGGAACCACGAUCGUGGUGAAAGGGACAUUAAAAGGCUAAGGUCAUGAAAGUUGGACAACCUUUUGGCUAGUUGUUGGCAGAGGGCAUGAUGUGGAAUCUAUUUUCACAGUUGGGGUAUCAAAUAAGCAUCAAGCCCAUUCAGUAUUGUGGGUGCCUUGAAAUGCAAUACAUGGUGUGUGAGAUACUGAGAUGGUUUACAAAUGAAGCCACAGCCUAUUGGUGCUGCAAGGCUGAGUGGAGGCGGCCUUCAGGUCAUGGGUUCCAGUCUUGGGAGCUACAGAAUUUUAGCCUGCCCCAACUUACUUGGGAAUAAAAGGCAUUUUGUGGACUACCCCAACUUGUUGAUGUUUGAUAAAUGGCUUCUCCGGGGUAGUUUGUAACAUAUGUUGACUCUUUUAAAGUUAUUUGGCAAUAAAAUAGAUGCGGCUAUUUAUGGUAAAGAGGCUGCAUCAGAGGGUCAUCAUUGCCUCACAGAUUGAUUGGCUUUACUUACAUCUGAUUAGACUGCUAAGGUAGCUGUUUGUGGUAUGGGUAAUUGGUCAGCUUUUAAUAAGCCUUUUGGAUA